ACUGUUGUUGUUGAGUGCUGCGUGUCAGUUUUGAGUUACCCCCAAACAGUGUGGGCCGAACGAUUUGCAACAAAAAUCGUGAACGGCGCAUUAAGUUAAGUGAAUCCUUAGUGAAAUAAGUGACAAAUAACAAGAGCAGACAUGGCGGAAGAGGUCAUUGGCAGCGUAAAAGAGGCAAUCAAAGGAAUCCUCGAAAAUGUGAAUGGAAAUGCGAAUGCAAAAAAUGAAUCCAUUACUGCCGAAAAGAAGCCGUCGACGCCGGAGGGUAUCGCAGUCGCGUAUGGCAGCCUCGUCAUCAUGGCUAUGCUGCCCAUUAUCUUUGGCUCCAUACGUUCCGUGAAGCUGCACAAGCUUAAGAAGUCGACAGGUGAGAAAGCGGACACAAUGACCAAGAAGGACGCCAUGUACUUCCCACUGAUUGCCUCAGUGGCCCUCUUCGGCCUCUACAUGUUCUUCAAAAUAUUCCAAAAGGUCCACAUCAACUUGUUGCUCACCGGCUACUUCUUCGUGCUGGGCGUGAUUGCUCUUGCCCAUCUGCUGAGCCCCGUGAUCAAUUCGCUGAUGCCUGCCGCAGUGCCAAAGGUGCCAUUCCACAUUCACUUUACAAAGGGCGAGGGCAAGCACAAGGAGGACAUCAUCAACUACAAGUUCUCCACACAUGACAUUGUGUGCUUGGUCAUCUCCUCCGCCAUCGGUGUCUGGUAUCUGCUGAAGAAGCAUUGGAUCGCUAACAACAUGUUUGGUCUGGCCUUUGCCAUCAACGGUGUCGAGAUGCUGCAUUUGAACAACUUUGUCACUGGCGUUAUCCUGCUUAGCGGACUCUUCUUCUACGACAUCUUCUGGGUGUUUGGCACCAAUGUCAUGGUGACAGUGGCCAAGAGCUUCGAAGCGCCCAUUAAGCUAGUCUUUCCCCAAGACAUUCUCGACAAUGGCUUCAACGCCUCGAACUUUGCCAUGCUGGGUCUUGGCGACAUCGUGAUUCCUGGCAUUUUCAUUGCACUGCUGCUGCGCUUCGAUGAUAGCAAAAAGCGCAAGACCCGCAUCUAUUUCUACUCCACCCUGGUGGCCUACUUCAUGGGCUUGCUGGCCACGAUCUUUGUGAUGCACGUCUUCAAGCACGCACAGCCAGCGCUUUUGUAUUUGGUGCCAGCAUGCAUGGGAACACCAUUGCUGGUGGCUCUGGUGCGUGGUGAGUUGAAGGUGCUCUUCGCAUACGAGGAUCAUCCCGAGGAGAAACCCGAGAAGAAGGAGAAGAAAGAAAAGGAUGAGAGCGGCGGCGCCAGCAGCAGUAGCAGCAGCAAAAAGAAGGAGUCCAAGAAGGCGAAGUAAUUCCAUAGAGUAACUACUUCCCUCUCAAACAACCCGCGUAAAUGUCUUCUAUUUUAUUGGCCAAGUCACGAGAGCAGCACACACUUUGUUUGCGUGUUUUCUUAUCGGUUGCACAUCUACAAUACGCUUCCUUAUGCGCUUAUACUGCAACUUCCAGCAACCAAUCUAUAAAAGACGAUUCAUUUUUGAUCUAGGAAUGUUCCUUCACAAGGCACAACCACCUUAUUGAGUUCGUAUAAGUUAAAUUAAUAGAAAGCAAAUUUUCCAAUUUUUUAUAAAAAAUCAAAACUGCAUAUAACUUUAAAAAACAGAAUUGUAUCAAAAUUACGUACAUAUAAGAACAAUAAAUUGAAAUAUUCCAAGAA